AUGACCUCCAGCUAUGGGCACGUUCUGGAGCGGCAGCCGGCCCUGGGUGGCCGCUUGGACAGUCCCGGGAACCUCGAUAACCUUCAAGCGAAAAAGAACUUCUCGGUGAGUCACCUGCUCGAUCUGGAGGAGGCCGGUGACAUGGUGGCCGCCCAGGCGGAUGAAAGUGUCGGCGAGGCAGGACGGAGUCUGCUGGAGUCCCCCGGGCUGACCAGCGGCAGCGACACUCCACAGCAAGACAAUGAUCAGCUGAACUCAGAGGAGAAGAAGAAGAGAAAGCAGAGGAGAAAUAGGACCACUUUCAACAGCAGUCAGUUGCAGGCAUUAGAAAGAGUCUUUGAGAGGACACACUACCCUGAUGCUUUUGUACGGGAAGACCUUGCCCGCAGAGUUAACCUCACUGAAGCCAGAGUUCAGGUGUGGUUUCAAAACCGAAGAGCCAAGUUUCGCAGGAAUGAGAGAGCCAUGCUGGCUAACAAAAAUGCUUCCCUCCUCAAAUCGUACUCAGGGGAUGUGACUGCUGUGGAGCAGCCCAUUGUACCUCGUCCUGCUCCAAGACCCACCGACUAUCUUUCCUGGGGGACAGCCUCUCCGUACAGUGCCAUGGCUACUUAUCCUGCUACAUGUGCCAACACUAGCCCUGCGCAGGGCAUGAACAUGGCCAACAGCAUUGCCAACCUGAGACUGAAGGCAAAGGAAUAUAGUUUACAGAGGAACCAGGUGCCAACAGUCAACUGAGAAAAACAAACAAAAACAUUCAAAAACAAACCUAAGAAGAAGCCAGAAACAAAGUAAAACAGAAAACCACCAUAAGAUAACUAUCUUGCUCUGUCUACUGCUUUGUCUGCUGGGGAAAACAAACACAAACAGACAAAGAAUGCAGAACUAAACAUUGGGACCAUAGCAGAGAAAAGCAAGAGAGGAGCAAACUGAAAAAAAAAUUAGUUAACAAAUGUUUCCCCUCCCUUUGGGAUAUCACUACCAUUUGUUCCCGUGUUUGAUUAUUUUUGUUUUCAUUCAUCUAUGCUUUGCUCAGUAUAAUGCAAGCUUCUUCAGCUAUGUCCACCCCAUCCCUCAUUAUUCUAAGUUUUUUUAAAUCCAUAACAGCAGAACUAUAUAGACAUGCAGAAAAGAGUGCCUAGUGUCAUGCCGCUGACCCAUCUUGAGCCUUAGUGCCAUCCCUGUCCUCCUGCCCAGCUCAGUGUCUAAAAAGCUCAGAGGGAUCUCAAGAUUGCCAAAGUCUUUCUAAAGUGCCUGCCUGCCUCAUGAGCAGGUUUUGUGGGAUAGCUUCUGGAAAAUGGCAGCCAUGUCCAAACUGGGUCAUUAGCCUGUCCUGAUCUCUUCCUACCUGGCUGAUUCAGAGCACUAAGCCUAUUUAAAACAAUAACAACAUAAAACACGACCCAUCUGUUCCCCAAAGUAUCAGCUGUUCUGGUUUAGAGUGAUCCAUACCUUCACAAUUAGCCAUUUUGAAGUGGGGAAGCACCCUACAUUUAAGGGAAAUGGAAAACUAGCCCUAUGCAGAAUCAAAGACUGAGAUCUGUAACUGGUGUUGCCCACUGCUUCCUUGGUGCCACGGGUAAAAGGAUAGUCAGAUGCACAUUUAUAUAUAUACUGUAUAUAUUUAUAUAUAUUAUGUAUACAUAUAUAAUAUUCUUACAAGCUCGGCUUUGUGGUUUCUCAAACGUAAUGCAAUGAAGAUGAAAACAUCGGGAUUGUCGGUGGGGCUACCACUACUUUGUGUAUCUCUAAUGAAGGGGAAAAUUACCAGUAAUUAGCCUUCUGGUUUGUUUUCUUUGCUGUUACAUAAUUCCAGGUAAGGCCAUAUAGGGCAACCCUUUCAAAAUAGAUUUUAUUGAUACACUGUGACUUUAAAUGGAUCACAGUUUGAUCUGAGAGUUUGGAAAUAAGGCUCUUUUAUGAAGAGGUUGGUUUCAUAUGGAGUGAUGAGAAGACCUGUUCUACAGUGGGAAUUAUUUUAGAGAAGAAGAAAAGCCGUUUUAAUCAUCCAUCUUUUCUUCAACAAACAGUAAUCUGAAAAACAGAUUUUUGGAAGUCAGCUCCUUAAAAAAAAUAGUUAGAAUAAACUCCCAAUUUUAAAAGGCUAUUUCUUUAAAAAGUGAUUUUGAACUUGUGCUUGCAAUUAGGAGCACAGAUACAUUUGUGCUUUUUGGUAAUGAUGUUGAUUUUCCCAACUGUGCUUUAAUCUUACCAGGAAACCUCAACUGAGUUCUAUCACCAUGCUGUGCCUUAGUUUACUUGUUUGCAAAAUGGGUUUCAUAAUACUAACCUACCUCACAGGGGUGUUGUGAGGCUCUAAUCAUUUGUUCAUCCAUUCCUUCCUUCACUUUGUAGCACCUGGAAGGAAAGAUGGUGCCCUUAUUUUCUAGCAGGGAAAUGCUGCCUUGCUAUAAACAAUUGUAAUUAUGUAUUGGGAAAUGGGGAGACUGAUAUAAACUCACAGAUUUCUCAA